AUGGCGGAGAUGCCCAUUGUCCUCGACGGAGGAACCGGUUUCCUCAAAGUCGGCUAUGCCGCCCAGAACUUCCCAGAGCACCAGUUCCCCUCGAUAGUGGGGCGCCCUAUUCUGCGAACGGAGGAGCAGCAAACUGGCGACAUUGUGGUCAAGGAUAUCAUGUGCGGAGAUGAGGCCGCAGCUGCACGAUCAAUGCUUCAGAUUAGCUACCCUGUAUGUCAUCCUCCGACGAGAGUGUACCCUCGCCCAUUCGAACCCCCGCCCGCCAUCUCGAUGGAAAAUGGUAUCGUCAAGAAAUGGGAUGACAUGCAACAUCUAUGGAACUACACUUUCUACGACAAGUUGAAGAUCGACCCUACCGGCCGCAAGAUCCUCCUCACCGAGCCGCCGAUGAACCCGCUUAAGAACCGCGAACAGAUGGCCGAAGUUAUGCUGGAGGGCUACAAUUUCGGAGGUGUCUACGUGGCGAUCCAGGCAGUGCUGGCACUGUAUGCCCAGGGUCUGAGCAGUGGUGUGGUUGCAGACUCGGGUGACGGUGUCACCCACAUUAUCCCAGUCUACGAGUCCACGGUGCUGAACCACCAUAUUAAGCGACUUGAUGUUGCAGGCCGCGAUGUCACCCGGAAUCUCAUCGCUCUUCUCCUCCGCCGUGGUUAUGCGCUGAACCGAACCGCCGACUUCGAAACCGUGCGCCAGAUCAAGGAGAAGCUCUGCUAUGUCUCUUACGACCUUGAGCUUGACCGACAGCUUUCUGAAGAUACCACCGUUCUUGUCGAGUCCUACACACUUCCCGAUGGUCGUGUGAUCCGCGUCGGCAGCGAGCGCUUUGAGGCGGCCGAGUGUCUAUUCCAGCCUCAUUUGGUCGACGUAGACCAACCCGGCAUGGCGGAGCUUCUCUUCAAUACAAUCCAAGGCACCGACGUCGAUAUUCGCUCCAGCUUAUACAAGGCAAUUGUGCUCAGCGGUGGUAGCAGCAUGUACCCAGGCUUGCCCUCGCGUUUGGAGAAGGAACUGAAGCAGCUGUGGUUGACCCGUGUUCUGGGCGGAAACCCAGAGCGUUUGAACAAAUUCAAGGUCCGCAUUGAGGACCCGCCGCGACGAAGGCACAUGGUGUUCCUGGGUGGCGCUGUGCUCGCUAACCUGAUCGCCGAUAAGGAUGACAUGUGGGUGUCUAAGCAGGAGUGGCAGGAACAGGGACCCCGCGCCCUGGCAAAACUCGGUCCACGAUAA